UCAGUGUGAGCUGACAGAAACAGAAAGUACAACGCCUGAGAUACAAGAGCAAGAAUAUUUUUUAAAAAAUACUUAAAAAAAACAGAUAUCAAAACUGUUUCAAAGGUGAUGUGCUUCCAAAGCGAGAGGCUGGAGUGAUGUAGAUGGUGAGAAACAGGGAGCUGAUCUGUGGAAACGUUAUCUGCUGUGGGUCGAGAGCACAUGUUGAUGGGCUGAAGUGUGUUCCUGUCAGAGAGCGCUUCAUUUACAAGAACUGGAAACGCUGAAACUACAACUCUCGAGUGUGUCGCAUGUGGAAGUAACAAUGUCAGGAGCAUAUUUCUGGGAUUUUCUGAAGGAUCUUUCAAAUAACCCGACUUUGAGUAGCUAUUUUAGCAUUUCCUGAACGCUGAAAGGUGUAUGACAACGUGUGCCAUCCCGAAACUACAGUGCUAUGCAUAGCUGAACCUUUGCAGAGUUAGCGGUAGGACUCUCGGACUCGAGUUAACGAGAGGAAGAUGAAUGCUUGCAGUAACACUACUGAGCACCAAGAAACCUCAAUUAAAGAAUAUCAGCAUCAGAUCUACGCCGUCUUCUACACAGUGAUUCUUGUUCCUGGACUGAUCGGCAAUGUUCUCGCGCUCUGGGUUUUUUAUGCCUACAUAAAGGAGACAAAGAAGGCUGUGAUAUUCAUGAUCAACCUGGCCAUCGCUGAUCUGCUGCAGGUGCUAUCACUACCUCUGCGCAUUUACUACUAUUUGAACAACUCCUGGCCUUUCGGCGAUGCCGCCUGCCUUCUCUGUUUCUAUCUGAAAUACGUCAAUAUGUAUGCCAGCAUCUACUUCCUGGCUUGCAUCAGUCUGAGACGCUGUCGACUCAUUAUCCAGCCGCUGCACUGCGGCGCCACGAAGAGACGGCGGGAGCGUGGCUUGUGUUUAAUCGGGUGGUUCAUCGUGUGUCUGGGAUGCCUUCCCUUCCCUCUUCUGAGAAAACCCAACAUCAACUCAACCCAACCCACACUCUGCUUCGCCGAGCUGCCCAUGAUGCCGCUCAGCAAAGUGCUAGGAGUGUCCCUGGUGACGUUCGCGGAGAUGGCGGGUUUUCUGCUGCCGCUGGUCAUCGUGGUCACCUGCGCGUGGCUGACCGCGGCGAGUCUGCGACAGAAGACCUGCGUGCUCCAGGACACCGGUGAGAAGCACAAGGCGCUUAAGAUGGUGCUGAGCUGCGCUACUGUGUUCCUGGUGUGUUUCGUGCCCUAUCACAUCACUUUCCCUUUAGACGUCUUGGCCAAAUCAAACUGUGACGUUAGCUCUACUUUUAAGAACGCCGUGCUCCACGUUCAUCCGGUCACCUUGUGUCUAGCGAGUCUGAACUGCUGUCUGGACCCGGUCAUGUACUACUUCACUACUGAUGAGUUCAAGCGGCGUCUGUCCAGGCCAGAAUUUCAGGAAAGUUUGCCGUUACAGCACAGAACUUCUUUCUCCACAAAUACUGCAGUCUAAACCAGACAGAUGAAGCACAGGGACAUCGUUUUAAGCAACGAAAAAGAGCUUUCUCUCUUUUUCUUGAGAAAUUCAUGAAAGAUCUUCAUUCUGCUCUUGAAGAUCCAGGAAUGGGCAAAAAGGCGUUUAUUUAACCCAAAAACAGGAACAUCGUGAACUAUUAUAUUUCUAUUUUUCUACUUGAAUAUAUACAUUAAGAUGUAAUUUAUUGCUGUGAACCAAGAUGAAUUUUCAGCAUCAUUACUCCUGUCUUCAUUGUCACAUGAUCCUUCAGAAAUCAUUCUCAUAUGCUGAUUUGCUGCUCAUUGCUCAGGAAAUAUUUCUGAUUAUUACCACGGCUUUGUGCUUCCUAUUUUUUGUUUUUUAUUUCUUUGUGGAAAUCAAGUGUGCCGCACACUAGGGAUGGGCAAAUCAAUCCUGAAGUAUCGAUAUAUCCAGUUUUGCCAGUUUUGAAAGUAUCGAUACUCAAAUAAAAAAAAUAUAUAUUGAUUUAAAUAUUGAUAUUUACCAGUGAUUGUGUUUAUUCAACAAAAAAUAAAUAAAAAAUAAGGUGUACAAUAUGCACUGAAUUGGACGAAUAACCCAAGUUAGCGAAUAAUUGUGUAGGAUAGAGCUAUUUUCCUGAUCAUCUGAGCACACUUAAAUGAACAAACAGGGCCGC